GGAAAGUGGUCCAAACGCUUCAAGGUAAUGCCACUGCACUACUCCAAAAUAAUCUGUUAAACAGUGAUCAUAGUACAUGACUUAUUCACACCUAUUUCCACACAAGCCCACGCAAACACCGUGUUUUCAGUUGCCGAUGCUCACAUUGAAACGAAAUGUUGUGUUCUUAGUUUAACGGUGAAUAAGUGAAAAUAUUGUUGGGUCCGUGUGGGAACAGACAAAAAUUUAAAUAAUAUAAAAGGUGAUAAAAAAUUAUACAAGAUAAAUCCAUGGACGACUGGCAAAUCUUUACAUUUUAUACAUAAAAAUACUUUAAAAAUUAUAUUAAUAAACAUAUGGAAUCUCAAUUGUUGCCAGAUAAAAAGAAAAGUACACCACCGGUGCCGAUAAAAACUUAUCAAUGGGAAGAUUUACGGAGAGCACGUGAAGCGGGUGGAUAUCCUUGGACCCAUCUAUUGAAAGCACCUCUAGUCGGCGAGAUCACUGCCGAAGAUAUCAUCAGAGAAACAACACCGAGAAGAAGUAUGUCUCGCGAAGUUUCAAGAUCACGAACUCGUUCACCGGUUGAUGGGGAUGUACAAAGAAUCCUAAAUCUUGACUCCUCGCCCGGAAGCAGCCGAAAACAUGGUGAGGAAGGCGAUGAUGAAGGCGUACAUGUACCGAACUUUUCAAAAGAGGUUUCAUUGGAUUCUGAAGAUGAUGUCAUAAGCCAGGCUGUUCAAGCAUAUAUGAAUAGUCGACCAGAAAGUCAAGCAAGUUCACAUUUAGCAACUCCAGUGGAAAUACCUAAGAAUGUUUCACCAAAAAGUAUAUUGAAGCGUCGUGUACCAGAACAAAAUUAUAUUGGUAUAUCUGAAACUCGUGAAAAGACAAAAUGUUGUCAUCCUUUAGUAAAUAAAAUAAAACAUUUAGCUGACAAGACUCUUCAUAAGUUAGAUAGAGGUGAAAAUGAGAAAUCACCCGUUGCAAAACGAAAGAAAAAUGACGAUUCUCAAGAGAUAAGACAAUUAAAAUCGUCACCUGGUGCUGUAAGAAGACAAAAAUUUAGUGCGAUUAAAUUAGGAGAUUCUGAUGAAAUGAGUAAAACAAUGAGUAUAGACACACCGCCACCGAGAAAAAAAAGAGAACACAUAUACGAAGACAUAGCUGAGUCUAAGUCACAAGAAAUUGAAAAAUCCCUUCAUUUUUCACCUGAAGUGGAAAAACAAGACAAUAAAUCCGAAGAAGAUACAAGAAGUAACAGUAAUAAAGAAAACGAAAGUCUUUCUGAAAGAAAAUCCAUUGCAUCGCAUGACCCCAGCCUAGUAACUGAGAAUACUUCUCUAAAAUCUGCAGAUCACAUCAUGGAAAAGUUACAUAAAAACAAUGAUAUUGACAAAGAAGCAGUACUGUUAGAUGAAGAAAUGGACCCUGACGAGCCAAACGUCGAUGAAAUAUUUCAAAAUCAAUUAGAAGAGACGAGACCUAAGAAUGAUUCACCCAACAUAACUAUCACUGAAAUUAUAGACGAGGACAUUGAAGUUACUAUAGAACAAACUACUACAAUUCCUAUAGAAUCAUCACCCACUCCGAGUCCGCGAGAUAAUAGAGAAAAAAAUUUCGAAAGAGAAUGGUCUAAACCCAGCAGUGAUCACGAAUAUGAAAUCAUCGAAAAGCCGCCACCCAAUAUCAUUUAUACAGCACCAAGCGUGGAUGAAAAACCAAAGAUGACAAAAACCGACGACGAAUUAUCUAGUACAACAUCAUUAGAACGAAAAUAUUUACAACAUACGUCAGAUGAUGAAGAGCAAAUGGAUGAAAAAGAAAAUUUUCCAGAUGAAAAUAUCGAAAGUAUUGUUAAUGCCGAAACUCUUCAAAAAAAUAUUGAAGAUCGCUACUUCGCAAAUACUCCGUCUACGGUAUCUAGAACCGAAUGUGAAAUAAGUACAAGUCAAGUAGACUCGUCAGCGUUAGAAAAUUUACCUUUAAAACGUGAUAGCCGGCGCAAAAAAGAAAACACUGACAACAGGAUGCAACAACGCAUCAAAGAAGGAACAAGUAAAAUAAAAACACAAGCUGGUAAAAUAAAAACGAAAUUACAAAAUAUAAAAACAAACAAAUUUACGAUGCCCGAAAGGCCAAAAAUAAAUUUUCCUGAGCGACCCAAAUUCAAAAUGCCAGAUCGACCCAAAAUUUCUUUACCAGAGAGGCCUAAAUUUACUUUACCAGAGAGACCAAAAUUUACUUUGCCAGAUAGAAGAAAAUUUAGCUUACCUGAUAGACCGAAAUUGAAAAAGAUUAAUUUUACUGAAAAGUUGAGUCUCGGAGAUAGAAAGAAAUUUACUUUUCCUGAAAGGCCUAAAUUUAAUGUUCCAGAAUUUCCGAAGUUUAAAAUGCCUGAAAGACCAAAAAUAAAUUUUCCAAGCUUAAGCCGGAAAAAAGAAUAUAAAGUGGAAAAUGAUCCUACAGAAUCAAGUGAUGAUUUUCAUAAUGUGGCCACCGUUGAUUUUGAAGUUAAAACUUACCCUAGAUUAUUUAACAGAAAAAAGAAGUCUGAAUUACAGAAAACAUCAUCUUCACCCACAUUAAAUCGAGAAGAUACUCCUCCUGCAACAUUUACUUUUACGCGUGUUAACCAAACCAAAGACGUGCCAUCCACGUAUAUUCCAGAUAGUCCAGAGCAACCAAGAGAAUAUGGUAAUGUUGAUAGUGAUGUUAAUUUUGAAACGGAAACGGAACCCCAAAGAGAGUUUGAUGUUAACUUUAGCUUUAACAAAGAUAAUUCCAAAUACAUAGAAAAUGAACCUGUAUCAUUCAGUUAUGAAAAUGAUAAUCGUAAUGGAUCUGUACCAGAUUUUUCACCGUCUAACCAAGAAUACACACAUGUUAUUAACGAAAUUGAUAACGACGAAUUUUUUGUUCGACCGAGAGGAAUUUCUCGUGAAAAUAUUCAAGUAAGAGAAUAUUUGAGCGACGAAAUACGACAAGCUUUUAAAAUCCCUAAGAAUAUUCUCGCCUUGAUGGGGAGUAAUUCGGGGGUUAACGAUGAAAAUAUGUAUGUUAAUGAACCUGAAGCUGACCCUGAGCUUAUGAUUGAUGACAACGAGCAGAUGAGGUAUUCAACUGAAGAUUUGAAUGAAAGGGAUGAUGGCUACUAUACAUUCCCGCCAGUGAGGCCGUCGCGAGCUAAGCGAAAGAAAAAAGUACCGGAACCAGAACCAGAGACAAUUCAAUAUAUAGAUGACAGUGUUAAUGCUAGCAUGCAAUUCAGUGAAGUAGAUUUAGGAUUACCUGAUGAUCAUCCUGAAGAACAGCACAUAAACGAAGACAUUGUCAACGGCAAUGUGGAAACGAUCGAAUUAAAUAAUCGAUUAGACUUCACUCCGAUAACAGAUUUACACUCUAUACACGAAUAUGCAAAUGAUGACGUAAUAGAAUAUCCAGAGAAUACACCAAUUCAAUCACAAACUCUGCCGAUGCCACCGAAAAGGAAAAAGAAGUUCAGCAAAAAGGACUUCAGGCAUUCGUCUUUGAAUGAUUUCAAAGAUGUGUCUUCAGCCGCUUCAUGGGAAGAACCAAACAAACAGGACGAUAUAAUCGUGUAUCGAACAGAACAUGAGUACAUCGUGCCGCAAGAUGUGAAUACGGCGACCGAGCAGAGUCCUGUUCCACCACGUCGCAAUAGAUCCAGGAGCUCCCGGUGUACUUCUCUGUGUGAUGACGAUCGCACCUCCCAUGGUGCUGAGUCACUCACGCUAGACACACAUGUACCACCGAGUGAAGAAGUCGAUAUCGAAAGAGAGGUUCGGCAUGAAAGUCCAGGAUAUGCUACCGUCGACAAAGGCCCUUAUGCACCAAGCAAAGCAGACCGUAGAUCUAAAAGCAAAACUCCACCAGUAAGGCGAAGGAAAAGUAAUAGCUCGGAACGUAAAUAUUACACAGUAGGUCCUACUAAACCUGUUAUACCUGAUCGUCCACCAAGGAAAAAAUCUUCAACGAGUUUAAUGACGUUAGAAAGUUUUAAAAAGCGAUCAGUAAGUGGUGAUCUUACUCAAUAUGUAGAAAUUGAUGAACCACAAUUCGAGGAAAUACAUAAGGAUCUAAAAUCCGGUGAAGUGGUAAGCAAAAUGAAAGAUAGACCACUUCCACCACCACCUAGACCACCAAGGGGACCAAAACGUAAGAAAAAGGAUAAAGAAGAAUCAGAAGAGCAAACAAACAUUGAUACUGAAUUUUUUCCAGAGUUAUCACACAAUUAUGUGGGUGAAGAAGAAACAAAGACAGAAGACGUGGUAGAAAUUGAAGUAUCGACCCAAACAGAUCCACUUCCGGAUGACGUAGAUUUUGAGCUAGGUAUGGAAGAGAACCUGGAUGUAUCUAUGUCUAGUUCACUUAAAGACUUCGUUGAUGAGGAGUCUCUGAUUGGUAAACCUCAUACUAAACAUGUUGAGAGCCCACGUGAGUCAAGACCAACAUCGCGUUCUGAAAAAUCAUUAAAAAUCUCAGACCCAAAAAUAUCUGACUUAUCAAAUAUAGGUCGCACAUCACCUACUGUCAUAUUAGUAGAAAGACGCGUUUCCAGUCCUACAAGAAUUAAUGAACGUGAUGUAAUGUUGACUGAAGCAUCAUUAACAGUACAACAUAUAGAUAUAGAUGAAUCGCAAAUACCAGAUGUGCCACCCUUGCCAAGGUCAAGAGGUACGCCAACAACAAGUCCUAAAAAUAUCUCUCAAAUAUCUGAAGAACGCGCUCUUGAAAGAAUUAGAGAUUCUAAUAGAGAGGUUCAAUUAGAUAAUCUAGUAACACAACGAUUACAAGUAAAGGAUUUAGAUGUUGGUCGACUUAAUGUGUCUGAACUUCAGGCAAGUAAAAUUUUAGUUUCGGAUAUAGAAGGAAUGACAUUACAAGUCGCAGAACUAGAUUCCAAAUCUGGUCACAUUUCUGUUAGUGGAAUUGAAUUUUCGCAGACAGUAAUCGACGAAAUUGUUAAAAAAUUUGCAGAAAUUUCAACAAACCAAGCUCCACCGUCAUCUCAGGUUACUGAACGGGUAGAGCAUCCUCGAACUGUAAUAAGAGAGGAACAAACACAAACGGACGAACCUUCUGAAAUAAAAAUAGAAGAAAAAUUGCUUACACAAACGCAAACUGAAAUAAAACCGGAAGCCAAACCAGCUCAAAGUAGUGAAGACGUACAAUCACCAUCACCACCGCCCAGAACUGCUAGUACAGAUGAGUCGACUGUACCUCCACAACGGCCUCCACCACCAGACUUAACACCUCUUUUAUAUUCUUACCUUCAAGACAUGACAUUACCUCCGGCAUCUUACUAUCCCCUAAGGACUUUCCGAGAGAGACCGUACACUGAUUAUCAUGACACACAACAUCAAUCGCCUCCACCGCCAACAAGACGGGCAAAGAGAAAACCAGCUGCUCCACAUACAGAAUCAAGUUCAGAUGAAGAUAUACCUUGUUCUUCUAGUCGGGGAAUGCCGCCUCCUGUACGAACAAAUGAACCAUCAAUUACUGAAGCGGGUGCAGAGUUCCUACGAGUUUGCCACAACUCUAUAAGCAGAACUAUAAGGAAUAUAUUUAAUACCUUCAUGGCGUAUAUUAAUAGAACUGAAGACAAGAAAGAUGUUCAAAUGGCCUUGGUAAUAUUCCUGGUUUUGGUUGCUGGCCUAAUAAUGUUCGGACUGAGUGAUAGUAGAGCUAUACAUCAUCACCAUUGGGAAUUCUUUAAUCCACCGGAUGGUAAGCAAUGAAUACUCAUUUGUUGAUUAUGGGGAGUUAAAGAAACGAACUCAAGAAUAUUUCAAAUAGUGAUUAAGUUUAUGUGUAUUUCCUUAAAAGAGGUAGCUCAAGCCAAUAAAUAAUCUAACUGUUGACAGAUAACACCAGUCGUCACAUUAUAUACUGCUCUGUAGAUUGUUGUUAUAAAAAGGAAUUCCGAAGUUAGAUUUCCAUCAGUCUCUGCGAUAUAACUAUAUUACUAUUAGCUCUUGGAAUCCUACGUACAUCAUUGAUUAGACUUCCUAUGCAUUUUCAACAUUAUUUUUUUCUAAUAUUACAAGUUUACCUAAUUUUUUAAAGAUUUUCUCAUCAGGCUCUUUAUAUGGGUUUUCGGAGAACAGUCGCAUAUUAUUCAUAAAGAUUUCGGAAAUAAAUAAGUUUAAUUGUUUAUCGUAUCUCUUGAGUAUAUUUUGUAAUUUUAUUUUGCUGCACGGUUUAUUAAAACUUUGAGUUUCAAAACACAAUAGCCAAGUGCUGAAUAUCUUUUGGUAACAUAUUACUAUCUUAGUUAGGUAGAUCAAUGAUCGACUUUUACCAGCUACGUUUCAUUAAGAUAUAUAAUUUCGUGUUCAACUGUAUGGGCGAACGUUUUAAAUUUGUAAGCAUUUCAUGCUAACCAGACUUUCCACUACAGUUUAUUGUUAACAGGAAUGUAUUAUGUGUUGUAAUAAUAAUAAUAUUAGAUUUAACUAUACCAUUAAAGAGGUUUUGUUUACUAUUUAAUGCUUUUGAAUUUUAAUUGACAGUCUUUAAUCAAAACUAUUGAUUAAAAUUGACAAAGCAUAUAAUUAUUGUUCAAUGUGAGCGUUUUAAAUAGCAAUAAAUAGCAAUAUAUUUUGACAUUUAAAGAUAAAUACGGAGUGCAUUAUUUCCUCUCACUCAACAUGUUUGUUCAGUUUGAAAACAGAUUUGAAAGCUAAUAAUUAAAAAUUGCUCAUUAAUUAAAUGCGAUAAAUAUAUCCAGUGUACAAUGUCACACGCGAUAGAGUUUAACUCUUAAUUUUUUUUUUAUUAUUAAUCAAAUCUAGUCAAGAAUGUAGUUAAUAAAAAAAAAACUACACGAAUUUAACUAUGGUAAAAUGAAUAAUUGUUCAAUUUAAUAUCCAACUAUAUAGUGGAAACAUUAUGCUCCAAAACUCUGUACUUAUUUUUUUUUUUUAAUAAUAGGAAUGUCAGAUAUAACGUUACUCGGCGUAUAAACUUUUAAGAGCUUUUUUUUAAUAAUUCUAUAAUAUAUUACCUAGUUGUAUAAAAUAUGUUAUAAUUAUUAACCGAUCUGUUAAUAUAAACGUAGUGUGUUCGGCUGGUGUUAUGCAUUUUGUAUAUUUCU